GCCAAGAUGGACGCGUUUUACUACGUAGUGAAAACUCGUACUGCUAGUGGAAAUAAUCAAAACACAUGGUUUUUCUAGUGAAUAUCCGGUGGAAAAAGGCACGGUUUGACCCGUUUACGAUGGAUUUUGACCGUGGCGAUGGAAAUUGCGCGUUUCGUGACGGUUUUCUGUGAAUUUUCGCGAUAGUUGUGCGUUGUGAAAAGGCUUGUUCGGGCUGGGAAAAAUCGGGAGAAAAUAACACAAAAUAAGAGGGUUGUGUACGACGAAAAGGAAUCUGUGGUGUGUAGAAUGAUAGAGCGAGCUCCCCUUUGCGCGAGCCUGGGGUACAACAGUGCAGUGAUGCCAGCGUAACGGUAGUGAAUGGUGAUUGAAGGUGAUUUAGAAACAAGAAUGGUUUUAUAUUGAUUCGUGUCUAAAGGAUUGAAAUUCUUGUCGAAAAUAAGCAUAUGAAUUGUGUGACAAAGGAAGAGUACUUUUGGCUGGAUCCAGAGAAUGUAGUAUGGUGUAUAUAAAAGAAUGAACAGCUCUGGUUGAAACUAAUUGCUGCUUUGGUUACCCGAAAGAGAGAAACAUCUAAAACAGAUUGUGCGUUAACUGACCAAACAGUUGUUAUCAAAGGUUCGAAGAAAAAAAAAAGUGUAAGUGUUUGUUUGUGAAAUAGUGCUUUCGGUAUUGUGUAUGGCAUCGGUCAUCAGAAUAUUAUCAAUAUAAUAUAUUAAGAAAAUUUAGAAUCAAUCCAUUUAAGUCUUAACAUAUGGGAAAUUUGGGCAAAUAUUAGAAGUACAGUGUUUUGUGUUUGUCAGUGUUCUCGAGCCAAAUAGUUGCAUCCGAAAAGUUUUCAAAGUUUUACCUUAGUAAUUAUGUCCGGAUUUGCUCUAUCGUGUGUGAACCUUCCGCCGUAGGAUCCGACUAUCAAAGACCAUCAAAACGUCUCCGGGAAAACCACCGUUUCGGUCACCUUCAGCCAGUUCUCAUGGGCCACCGUGGCGGAAAAUUGCCGCCGCGAUGUCCACACUUACCAGUAACGCAAACAACAAUAACAACAACCUUAUCGUCAGCAACGCAUCCUCACCCCAGCUCAGUAGAAUCAGCACCAGCAGCAGCCCGAACACCAUCAACAACAACAAUCCGGCGGGUACACCGGCAACGACGGCGUCGACGACAACCACUAGUACGACCCAUCAUCAAUACCAGAGCGCCCUGGCGUCCGGAGUCAGUCGGUUGUUCGCCCGCAGUAUGUCCUCUGCUUCUGCAAGCGGCGCUGGCGCCGAUGCAGCUGGCACCUCGGCAGCCACGACUGGCGCCCCGGCCAGUGCGAUACCGGCCGAGUUGAACGUGAUGCUGCAUGGCUACUAUCGGAAGCUGAAAACCAACAAGAAGAAAUACUUUGUAGUGUACGGUGACACACCGGACAAGAACGCCCGGCUGGAGUACUUUGACAGUGAGAAGAAGUUCAAGCAGUCUUGGCUGAAGAGCAGUUCGGUGCAGGCCAAGCGAAGCAUAGUGCUGCGCAGUUGUUUCAACAUUAAUAAACGGCACGAUAUCAAGAAGCAUGUGAUCGCGCUGUACACUAAGGACGAUUGCUUCUGCAUUGUGUUCGACAGUGAGGAGGAGCUGAACCGGUGGUUGCGGACGCUGCUGUCGCUGCAGCGUGGCGAGGAAUCGGAGGGCGAGCCGCCUAGACCUACUUUCGAGCACGUUUGGGAUGUUUUUGUCGAACGCAAAGGGCUGGGCGAUAGCUGCGGAAUCCUCGGCACUUAUCGUCUGUGCAUCACGGACAAAACGCUUUCGCUGGUGCGGAUAGGACCGCCGACCACAAACUCCGGCGACGAACGGGUCGAGGUGGUUGAAUUUUCAUUGGCGUCGAUUAGAAGAUGCGGCGCCUCCCAGCGCUACUUCUACCUGGAGGUGGGCCGGAGUUCGAAAAUCGGCCCCGGCGAGAUAUGGAUGGAAGCACCGGACGCUAUCAUUGCCCACAACAUGCACACAACCAUAAUGAAGCCUACCAAAAACAGAGAGGUGGACGGCCUCGGUCCCAUCCCUCGAAAUCGUUCCUCGUCGGCCAAUGCGGCCUCCAAGCCGACCCAGAUGCUGGGCCGCCGGCAGACCUACACCGGCCAGAAACCGGUCAACUGUUCGCCCUCUGGUGUUACAUCCGCAGUGAUAUUCCAUCAGAGAGCUUUAUCAUUACCAAGCGCCACUCCCAUGUUAAGCCAUUCUCCUCAUCAUAAUAGCACAGCUGCCCACAUGGCAAAGCAAAAAUCCUCACAGAACAUUCUCGGCAGUAGUAGCAAUGUUAGUAGCAAUCCUAGUUUUAACGGUCCACUAUCCGGAGGAGGAGGAGGUGGUUUCUUCGGCAAGAACGCCACGGGUGGAAUUUUGGUCGAUCGUUCGAUUCAGCCGGUCCAUCACCGAACCCGGUCCCUGCCACUAACGGAGGAAAGUGCAAUACGUGUCACACACAAUGGAACCCUUCUACCUUCGGGUGGAGGCCAGCAAGCCCAGUAUAAUCAGCUCUCGAGCAUCGGGAACCGUAAGCACCAGCAAUCAUCCAGUUUAUCGAUUGCUUCGCUCAAAUGCACCUGUCCAUCUGGCGGAGCGCUACCGAUCAUCGUUGUUGGAAACGGCAGCAGAACAAGUCAUUAUAAUUUAUGUCCCCUGCACGGCAGCGCCAUCCACACCUCGUCACCAUCGUCAUCUGUCGUCCCAUCUGGGCCCAGUCAACAGGACUAUGAAAAUAUGAAUAAAUCAUGCUCGUACCUGCCGUCGACGUCUCCUCCCGAUCAACAGCAUUAUUACAGCAAUCACUUGUUCGAGGGCACUGAUAGCAAUCAUUCUGCAUUCGCGAUGCCGCUAUCUCGUAGCUCGAUGGAAAGCAUAAUCGAAGAUCAAAAGUACCUCCCGAUGGAUAUGAAGAAGCCAACGGCCGCUGCCAUCAGCUCGACAACAGCUGGUGGGUCCCAGGAGGACAAGGAUCCGGCGAACGUUGCACCUAAUCUUCAGUUCAUUAGCCGUCUGCUGCGGAGUUCGCAAAUUCAAACUGCCAACAACAGCAAACUGGCGGCCUUGAAAGUGGCCACCGCAACCGGAGGCAACAGUAGUGCCUGCACUAGCAGUAGCAGCAGUAGUAGUAGUGGUAGCAAUAGCACUGGUAGUAAUUUGCACGGUAGCACUAUGGGAACCGGAAACGGUAACACCAGCGCCACCCAUGCGUACUGUAGUGGCACCACUAGUGGCGCUCCACUGCCGAAGGGUGGCGGUUCCCCACCAGGUUCGCUGAGGCGCCGUAGCGGUCGAAAUAGUACCAAAACCAGGAGGAGCGCUGCCAUCGCACGUGAGCGUUGCGACAGUCUUCCAUCCCGAAACCGGACAACCAGUGAAACCAGCACCCACCAGCAGCAGCUGAUCAUGAACAGCGGUGGAAUGCCUCCGCCGCGUACGAUCCCAUCGGCCAGCUUCAACCGACCGCAAUCGAUGAUCGUCAACCGCCAGAGCCACAGCCAUAGUCCCCCGGUGCAUUCGUCACCACUGAGCCCCCCGUCCGGUGCAUGCUCUACCGGAAGCGAUGGGUCCUCGUUCAGUAUUGACGAACCGGACAGCUACAACAGUUCACACACUCCGGAUGAAGGCAAUGGCUUUCCCAAGGUCAUUAAUCAUCUCAGCUCAGGUUGCUCCAUUCCGGAAGAAAAUUCCGAAGAGUACAUCAACAACUACGGCAAGGUUCCUCUGAGGCCUCAGAUGCAGCAUCGGUCGAUGGACGAAUUCGUUAGCCACUUAAAGCACAGUUAUAAUUCAUUAUCGCUUCCAAUAUCACAGGCGAUCAGAAGAGGCAGUCCGGCACCGCCGGCAAACAUUGUCGGUUCGGUUGACGGCACCAGCAACUACAUGGAGAUGUGCAGCCCGUGCGGUAGCUCACCGGGUGACCCAUCCGGUAACAGUGGCUACAUACCGAUGUCGCCGAGUACGGACUUCCCCAGAGGCUUGUACAGUUCCAGUGCGCACUCUCGUACCUCCAGUUUGGCGGAGGACACCGUUGACGCUUAUGUUCCUAUGGCGGCCCCAGGUCACAACACGGAAGAAUACGUGGACAUGGAUCCGUCGCACAACAGCAGUAAUCGCACGAUUGCCCCAUCGAGUGGUUUUGCGGCGACGAUCAGUCAUGCUGCAACAAUCGGUGGCGGCGGCGGCGGUGGUGGUGGUAAUGGUAAUAUUAGUUCGGCAGCCUCUAGCUGCAGUAUUACGUCGGGCACCCCUUCGACCGAUAUGCGAUUCUCCGGGUAUCACCUGGACAAGGUUGAGGCUCGAUUUACUCCUAGUGAAGACGAUGAAAUGGAGCGACCGUUGCGAACGUACUCGGUAGGCAGUCGACUGGAGCAUAACAAAAGAAAGCUGCGCGUGGACAUGCUUAGCUCAGAGGGUUCUUCAAACUCGAGAGUACGAGCAUUUUCGGUAGGUUCGAGAGCUAAGGUUCCACGGUCGGAUGUCUAUAAGGGAAGUGGUGCACCAAUUACUGCUCCACUUUUAUCUGCGGGUAGCUCUGGUAGCUUGCAAGAAACCAGUAGCAAUAGCGGAAGCAUUACCAACUGUGUCCCUGGGCCAAGUACGAAUACCAGGGGCUCGAGUUCGAGCAUCAAUGAAAGCAGAACGGGAAAAAAAUCGUCAAGUGCCCCGAUGCUGGCAGCAAAGCCACAUGGAUCGUUUGAUCCUAUAAUGGAUGAUCUGAUGGAAAUUGAUUUCAGUGCUCCUUCAUUCCACGCAGAACCUGAUGUCAGUAGUAGCACUCCGCAAAAGGCUUCAGGAACAGAGGAUUACAUGGAGAUGACAGCGGGAGGAAACCAGAGAAACACGGGAUAUGUCGAAAUGAAGCCAGGACACAUCCCACCUGUGAACACGAGUGUCCAUGAGGAGAACGACUAUCUGGAUAUGCGACCAGGAGGAACACCAUACGAACUGAACCUGUCGACGAAAAGCAAAAGCUCUCCGAUUAAGAUCAAUUCACCGAAGAAGUUCAAUGGCGGUGGAAAUAAUAACAAUAACUACCUGGAAAUGUCCCCACGGAUGAUGGGAACAUCGUCUUCGUCUUCCUCGUCAGCGACAAACCGUAAACCCACAGUACCUUCAGAAGAUUACCUCAACAUAAGCCCGCUGAUGAUGACAAGUGCUGGAGGUGAUAGUGGCAACGAAGAGAAAAUGAUUAACGAAGAGGAAGAAGAUGAGGAGGAAGCGGUUGCGCCGAGCAGCGCGCCUGAAGUCUACAUGGAGAUGUCAUGGAGCCAGCCCAAGACUAGUCUUAACCUAGAAUGCACUAAACCAGCAUCGGAUGAGUAUAUCAAUAUGGAUUUUACUCGUAAAGAAGUCAGUGGAAGCUCUAGUGCAAUGGAGUCCCGUUUAAGUUCGCUACCCAUCGCAAUUCAGUCAGGAGGCCCUGGUCGUACAUUGCAAGGGGACACGAUGGAACCAAAGAUAGGUGGAGCUCCAUCUUAUUACCUUCCGUUAAACCCCUCGGCGACGCAGCAGCGGCAUCAGGUCUCGGCACAAAUUGGGUUCAGUCCUAAGCAAAACAGCUUACGAUCGCGGUGCGAUUCGAGAGAUAGCGGAAUUGUUACACCUUCUGGAAGUCAGGUCACAAUUUUCCCGUUCAGCCCAGGAAGCCCUAUCAAGUCGUUUGCCAUGGGUAUCGAACCCAGUGCAGAGGAGCGAAAGUGCUAUGUGGACGGAACUACGGGCACAUUGCGUAUCAGCGAAACGGAUGAAGAUAAUAGUGAAGAAUCGAACGAGUUCCUAGCAAUGGAUCAGCAGCAACCAUCGCAACCGAAAGAUACUGCGGAUAGCAGUAAACUGGAGGAUCUAAGUCAUAACUAUGCCGAGUUGAGUAUAGGUCACCAACAACAGCAGCAACAGUCUCAGCAGAAGCCUGAGAAAAGUCGUCCAAGUUCCUUCAGCAGCACCAAAAAAGCAAAUCUAAGUCUAAUUCUCACAACAUCGACUAAUACUAGAACAACACCAACCAUAACUGCGAUGAAAUCUGCUGUGGAAUAUCCAGAUUAUGUUAAUUGCACACCGGUGACCACUCCAGUGGCGACCAAACCAACCACUCCUAUGGCAGUGGAUGAUCAAGCCGGUGAUUACGCUAUAAUGAAUCCAGCUAGUCUCAGGAAGCUUUCUAGCACUUCCCAGUCGGAACUAGCUUCGACAGAAAGUGGACUUCCUCCGCUGACCAAAAAGUCCAACCAGAUUUUCAAGCCGAUCACUUCGAGUCAAGAUGAAGCACUUCUGAAGAAAUCCAGUGGAGUAUCGCCCAAACCAGCGUUCACACGACAUUACUCGGAGCGUCGGGCUGGCACAUCUGGUAUUGACUCCUCGGGAUAUGAGAUGCUGCAGCGCACUUCACGACCGAACAGUGUUAAUAGCGAGAAAAUCAACAACAAAUGUCCUCCAUCCGCAGGUUCGACACGCCCCAGUUCGGCCAACAGCGAUAGGCUUCCCAUCAUAUCAGCUACCUCAUCAUCCGCUUCCUCAACUUCAACGUUGUGUGAGAGCAAAAACCAAAGCCCCACAGCGUCUAGCACGAUGAUUGCAACAACGACAACUACAGUGACUCCCGGCGUAAGGCCGGAAUCCGUUACCUCGCUCACCGAUCCGCAAAUCAUUUCGAGACCACCCUCUGUAAGUUCGGAACGCGAGCUGCACUAUGCCAGUCUCGAUCUUCCACCCAGCACAAACCCCUUAUCAGUGGCGGCGCCAGGUAGUGCGGUAGUAGUGCCACCAAAUCGCAUGGAAAUUGACCUUGAUAGUUGUAACGCGGCCGCAGCAAGUCGCCCUGGUGGACCUGACUCGUUAAAUUCCAGCCCUAGUCCCAACUCCGGAUGUACCUCGCAACAACAGACUGGUUCUGCCUUCACGUAUGCUCAAAUAGAUUUUGUCCGCUCGGUUGCACAGGCCCAAACCCAGCAGCAGCAACAACAGUCAUUACCCAAAAGCGGCCAACAGCAACAAUAAAAAAAAAUGAAGAGCACAGGAGAUGAAAACACAUUCUUACAUACACACUGAAAACUGCCAAUCUGAAACAACAGAAGAGCCCCUCCUUUCAAUCGUAAGUAAUAGCGGUUAAGCUGCGUGAGAGAUGUAAAUAUACAACACAAGAACUACAGCAUGCAGGCAUGGACACACUCCUCGUGUGUGUAUUUUCUUAUGCAGUAGAGAAACUGCAGAACCUUGGAUUAGGACAGUUCUUCGUUACCGUUUGUUUGUUUUUUUUUGUGUACCACUAUAUCUGAAUAGAUGGAACCGAGAAGGAGAGAGGCGUUCUGGCGGACAGUAGUGUAUGUUCCGAGAGAAAGCGAGAGAGACAGCCUGCCCAGCUUGGGCGGGUGAUCGCGAUCGCGAUGGUUAUUGAAGAGAGUGCCGCAGUAAUACCUAAGCAUGUCGAACGUUAUUUUAAAACUAGUAUUUAAGCAAAGCAUUGAUGGACACGAGAAGGAAGAGAAACAGAAAUAUUCCAAAAAUAGUUUAAUUGCAAGGAAAAAAAUGAAACAAAAUAAACAAAACCCCAAUAGAUUACACAGACCCAGAAUGAGCAGCCGACAGACAGGAGAAAACAUACAGUUGGAACACAUUGAGAUAUAAGAUGAAAUUUCAAAUGCCAAAAUAAGCUUUACUUGAUUUUCUUGUUUUUGUUUACGUUCAUCAAAGAAUAGGAGAAAAUUACACGAUUAUAUAAAGAUUAAGGUAAACAAACACACACAUGCAUACAGUUAAAAAAAACUUUAGUUGGUAAGUAAAUUAAUUGAGGGUAAUGCGUAAGUAUAGACUAAUGUAGUAACGGGAGGAAUGAAAAAAAAACUAUAGAAAACUUUAUUUUUUAUUAAGAUUAAAAUCAACUUUUUAGCCGAUAAGGAGGAUAGGUAUAGUCGAAAAAAUAUAACUUAUACAAGUUCUAGUGUC